AAUCCGCUGAAGUGAGGAGACGCUUCUCAUCCAGGUGUCCAACUACACUUAUACUACUAUACACAACGAAGACAGCCGCGACUGGACAUUUCCUUUUGCUCAGCACUUAAAAGAGCAUUUAGAAUAACGAAAAGAAACCUGCUUUUAAAAGGCUAAUAGUCCAUUGAGAAGAGAACAGACUCUGCAACCAUGUCCCUGAACAUCCAUAUCAACAGCCCUAAUGUGAAGUACACGGAUACGCACAUCGUGGCUCAGUAUUCCUACCAGACCACGUCGGUGCAUCAGGAGGGGAAUAAAGUCACGGUGACUCCCCGCAGCACGGAGAUGACGGUCCGCACCGAGCGGCGCGUCCCGCGGCUGGGGGUGAUGCUGGCGGGCUGGGGGGGCAACAACGGGACCACCGUCACCGCAGCCGUGCUGGCCAACAAGCUGGGGCUCACCUGGAGGACCAAGACCGGAGAAAAGAAAGCGAAUUACUACGGCUCUCUCCUGCAGUCGUCCACUGUCUGUCUGGGAUCGGGGCUGGAGGGCGAAGUGAACGUGCCGUUCCGUGACCUCUUGCCCAUGGUGCACCCCAACGAUAUUGUCUUUGAUGGUUGGGAUAUCUCCUCUAUGGAUCUGGGCAGGGCAAUGGAGCGAGCCCAAGUGCUUGACUGGUCUUUGCAGGAGCAGCUAAGGCCAUACAUGACCUGCCUGAAACCGAGACCAUCCAUCUAUAUCCCAGAAUUUAUUGCAGCUAACCAAGAGAGCCGGGCGGACCAUGUGCUCACUGGAACCAUGGCAGAGCAGGUGGAGAAGAUCAGAGCUGACAUAAGGGACUUCCGUCAGUCCAGCGGCGUGGACAAAAUCAUCAUUUUGUGGACAGCCAACACUGAGCGCUUCUGUGACGUCAUACCAGGAGUCAAUGACACGGCCAAGAACCUAAUGGCUGCCAUCAAGGCUGGAGCAGAGGUUUCUCCCUCCACUCUGUUUGCAGUGGCCAGUAUCCUGGAGGGCUGCGCCUACAUCAAUGGCUCCCCGCAGAACACCUUUGUCCCGGGGGCUGUGGAGCUGGCUAUGCAGAGAGGCGUGUUCAUUGGUGGAGACGACUUUAAGUCUGGUCAGACGAAGAUCAAGUCGGUCCUGGUGGACUUUUUGGUCAGCACAGGUAUCAAGCCAACCUCCAUUGUCAGCUACAAUCACCUCGGGAACAAUGACGGGAAAAACCUGUCAGCCCCUCAGCAGUUCCGCUCCAAGGAGAUCUCCAAGAGCAACGUGGUGGAUGAUAUGGUCCAGUCCAACCCCAUACUGUACCAGCCCGGGGAGAAACCUGACCACUGUGUUGUGAUUAAAUAUGUCCCCUAUGUGGGAGACAGCAAGCGGGCGAUGGAUGAGUACACUUCAGAAAUAAUGAUGGGAGGGCUCAACACUAUCGCCCUGCACAACACGUGUGAGGACUCACUAUUGGCCAGUCCAAUCAUCCUCGACCUGGUGAUUCUGACUGAGCUUUGUCAGCGUGUGACUGUCCAGCCAGAGGGGGAGGACGAUUUCCAGGGUUUCCACAGUGUCCUGGCACUGCUGUCCUUCCUGUGCAAGGCCCCCCUGGUCCCGUCAGGGACCCCCAUUGUCAAUGCCUUCUUCCGUCAAAGAGCCUGUAUCGAAAACAUCAUGAGAGCUUGCCUCAGUCUUCCUCCUCAGAAUCACAUGCUGCUGGAGCACAAGCUGCAGAGGAACUUCCUGCCUCCACACACAACCUUUAUGAACAACGAUGUCGCUUCUUUGAAAAAAGUCGCUCGCACUAACGGGAAUCACAUGCCUGCCCCUCUAACCAAUGGCAUUUAUGCACAUGAGAAUGAGACAGCAUGUGCAUUAUGACUGCAAUUAGAACAUUAGAGCCCAAAACAGAACACAAGUUCAAAAUAAAAGACUGCAACUAACAAUUCUUUGUUUGAUACAAAGGGUUUCAGUAAUCACACUACUGUUAUCAACAUAGAAAUGUGAAAAAUCCACUUGAGCUUUAGACAAGACCUUUAACGGAGAUCUAUUUGAAGGUCAAAUAUCUAAGUCUCUAUGUAGUAUAAUAUUUUAUAUAACACAUUUCACAGUUUUGUAUGUUGAAAUGGCGUUUACUGUAUGUCUUAGUUCUCCUGCUGUUUUAUCUCAAGUAGUUUUCAAUGCUCAGUGCAAUUUUAUUGUACAGUAUCUACCUGUGAAACAGGUCUAUAUGUUUUACAAACAAAUGUGAUAGACAUAGCUGUGAACUGGAUUUGAUAGUUGUUUUUUGAAUUUUACUUGAGAUGUGUUUUUCCUUUUUAUUUUUUUUUUAAGUCUUCCCAGAGUUUUGUGCGUGUGUGUAAAUGGGCUAUUUAUAUUCAAUAAACCUUGAACUACUGA